AUGGUGGACAGCACUGCAGGAGGGAACAUUGCUAGGAAGACGGCAAAUGAGUUAAAGGAAAUAUUCAAAACCUUAGCCGAGAGCUCCCAGCAGAAAUCAGUCCGUGGAAAGAGAGCUGAGGCCAGUGCAGUGGCACCCCAGUAUGAGCUGCAGAAGCAAGUAGCCGAAAUCAUGAGAGAUGUGCAACAAAUAAAGAUGGAAAUGAUGGAAUCACCUCGUGCCCAUGAGCCUUAUGUCGAGAGUUGUGGGAUAUGCGGCGAGUUCGGACAUGGAGUAAAUGAAUGCCACCGGAUGGGUGAGUUCACACCUGAGGGAGAGGCCGAGGUGUAUGCUGCGCAGGGGUACCAGGGAAGACCGCCAUAUGAGCAACGCCCUAUAUACAAUCAAGAGGAACAAGACUCAACAGAUGGGCUAUCAAAGUCAACAACCGUUUAUCCACCUCAGCCGCAAUACCCUCCUCAACAAUACCGGCAGCAAUACCCGCAGCAGCACUCCAUGCCACAAGGGAACUUCCAGCAGCCCCAGCAGUUUCAGAAACAUGUUCAGCCCCAGAAGUCAUCUUUAGAAGAUACUAUGCAGUCGUUUAUGGAGAUGACCAAGCAAAAUAUGGAGUCUCAGUCAGUUACGAUCAAGCACCUUGAAACGACUGUUGGCCAACUCUCCGGCACUUUGAACCAAAUUCAGCAGUAG